UACCGUCCGGGUGUCAUGAGCAGGGGGGGGAGUAGGAAGGAGAUGGCCGACUAAGAGGCAACGUUAGCUACUUCGUUGGCGAGAUUCUUUUUGCACAACACAUCUUCACAGCUUAAGUGGAAAGAGGACGUUUUAAAUAUUUCGCUCCUCUUCCACAAUGGCGGAACAAAACAGCAACGUCAGAUACCAGGAGCUGGUAAAUGAGGAGGAACCAUCCCAACCAUCCCAGGAGAGUCCUGCCCAGGACGCACCACCACCCUACAGCAGCGUUGCUGCAGCAAAUGCAGCUUUCUUUGAAUACAAAGAAGAUGGAGGACGAUUUCCAAAUCCUCCAUCCUACAGCGUUGCCACCACUCUGCCCUCCUAUGAUGAAGCGGAGAGGAGCAAAGAAGAGGCAGCCAUCCCCCUGGUCACUGGAAGAGUCAUGGAGGACGACUUUGUAGCCAGGGAUGACUUUGAAGAUGCUGACCAGCUGCGAAUAGGAAACGACGGCAUCUUCAUGCUCACUUUCUUCAUGGCAUUCCUCUUCAACUGGAUCGGCUUCUUCUUGUCGUUUUGUUUGACCACAUCAGCCGCCGGUCGAUAUGGGGCCAUCUCUGGUUUCGGCCUGUCCCUCAUCAAAUGGGUCCUCAUUGUCAGGUUUUCUACCUACUUCCCCGGUUACUUUGAUGGACAGUACUGGUUGUGGUGGGUGUUCCUGGCCCUGGGCUUCAUGCUGUUCAUCAGAGGCUUUGUUAACUACUCCAGAGUGCGUAAACUGGCCGAUCCCACCUACGCCACUCUUCCCCGAACAAGGGUACUCUUCAUCUAUUAGAGGACGUUGGAUUUGGCAGAAGCGGACAUGACCAACACGAGCAGUAACUCUGUGAGGAGUUUCAAAUUUCAAAGUGAAGACACUUAACUCCAAAUCGGCCAGACGAGUUAUAGAUGAAGACGACUCUCAAUAAAAUAUUCAGGAAUUAUAUCACUUUGUUUUAUUUUGUUUUGAGACUUUAUUAAUGGAAAAUGGUUAACAGUAAUAGUCCCUCGAUGUACUCAUUAGUGGCGAAUGUUAAGUGCUAUUUACAUCUCUGUCUGUAAUGUAUAAGUAAUUCCUUAUAUCAUUUGAUGGUAGCGUACGAGCAUGCAUCUGCCCUUAAGGUCAAUAAAUAGGGAGUGUCUCAUGUUGGUGACACUUGAAGCCAACAGGUAUUAAUGAACACAACACUCGUUAGACUUGCCACAGCAUGCGACACACUUUGUAAUCUGCACUAAUCAUGGUUUUAUUGUGACUGUUAGAGGCUGUUUGUUUUUUUAGACCCCACAUACACUUAGAAAGCAAAGCUGUCAUUAGGCUGUAAAUGCUGAUAUAACACAUACUUAACUCACCUGUUGGCUUUAAGUAGUGUUGCCCUUUUGUUUAGCCAGGAGGGGGCAGUGUUGUCUGCUGCUUUAGAAACUGUUCGUUCACGGCAUUGUCAUGAUGGAACAUACAUGCUUGCGAUUCAAACGCAGUGUCAGCAGAGCACAUUAAAAUGACAUCCAUGUAUCAGAAGUUAUGAUUUUGCCUGUUAGAUAUUUUGUUGUACUUUAAAUCAGGUGAAUCUAUCCACCUGGAAAUAGAAUUUAGGUUAUGGUUUUAAUUUAGACAAUCCAGUUUGAGCCAGAAACCAGACGGCCACAAAUGUCAAGGCGACAAACCCCAGAGCAGCUCGGGGAUGACAGUGAAGAGAUUUUGUGACAGCAACCAAGAUUUUUUUGUUAUGGGCGUGUGAGCACAUUUUCUGGUUCACAUCCUUAAAAAUCUCAUGGAGAUGUCACAGCCUGACCUUUCCAUGACUCCUCAGUGAGUCAGCAGAGUCAGCAUCUCAUUCACUGUGAGUGGAAAAGCUCUGUGAUUAUAGAAAAGAGUCUGGGCUGUUAAUGAUAUCGCUCAGACGUUUGGAUCGAAUUAUCUAAGAGCAUAAAAAUUCCAUUUUCAGGUGGGUUUUUGCCUUAAGAUUUAAUUGACAUAUGGGGAAGGGAAAUCUGUUUUUCUUACUCUUCUUUUAUUUGUUUUUUUCUUUGAAAAUGAGGUGUAAGAUGUUAGCUAUCUUGUGGGUAUAAAGACUAUGUCAACGAAUGUUGUAUGCAGGUGCACUUUUAGAAACACGACCAGUAAAACCCAGAGGAUGUUCCCAUCAUUAUUUUAAGUCCCAGACAUAUAAAAACAAGGAAUGACUGACGCUGUGGUUUCUGUUUUAUAUAUUGGUGGGAACGGCAUGUUCAUGAUCUCACCACUGUCGUCAUUGGAAGGAGUUCAUAUGGAUUUGAGUCUGAUCCAGCAAACUGAAACUGUUUGCCUCAUCGGUUAACUUCAUAUUUCUGCCAUUGCUUUGAUACAGACCCAUUAUGCUUAUUUCUAUGUGAUGUAGAGCUGCAAUCUUGGGGUUUUGUUGUUAUGAAACUGUACAGUUUAGUGUUAAAUAAAUGUCACUUUUAAUGCGUCA